GCUCCACGGCAGAGAGGGUGUGCCUGGCGGGAGACAGCGCCGGCGGGAACCUGUGCAUCACGGUCUCCAUGCGAGCGGCCGCCUUCGGGAUCAAGAUGCCGGACGGGAUCAUGGCGGCCUAUCCGGUCACCCUCAUGCAGGCCCUGGCCUCCCCCUCCCGCCUCCUGACCCUCCUCGACCCCCUCCUGCCCCUCAGCGUCUUGUGCAAGUGCCUCAGUGCCUAUGCAGGGAUGGAUCCUGAGCAGUCCGAGGACCCCACUGUGGAGAAGCUGAGCCCCAUGAACAUGAUGAAACGAGACACCUCCCUUCUCUUCCGGGACCUGCGCCUCAGUGCCUCGUCCUUUCUCGGCUCCCUGCUGGAGCAUACGGGCAAGGCCAACGGGGCGGGAGGAACAGACGGGAGCGGCCCUCUCUCCUGGGGCCCGCGGGGCUACCUCGGGCACCCCCUGGCCCAGCUGCUGUCGAUGCUGUCCUGGGUGCGCCUCUUCCGAACCCGGAGCCCGGCCCUUACUAACUUGGCAGCUGCGGAUGCGGCCCUGAAAUCCAGGCCCUCCUCCAGAGAGUCCCGCAAGAGCCAAACCUGCCACAACCUCUCCCACGUCACCGAGCCUUCGGCCCUGGACCCGAGCUGCCUCCCGAGCCCCUCCUGGACCUCGGGGCAACACCAGUCCGGCUUCUUUCUCAGCAAGGGCAAGCAGGAAGACGCGGCCCCCGGCAAGGACCAGGACCACCGGCUGAUCUUCCCGGACGGCUUUGAGCCCCUGCGCUCCGACCAGACGGCCCCCCGCCUGCACGUGGAACUGUCGCCCAUCUUCAAGAACCCCUUCAUGUCGCCCCUCCUGGCUCCGGACGCCAUGCUGAAGGGUCUGCCGCCGGUCCAUAUAGUGGCUUGCGCCCUGGACCCCGUGCUGGACGACUCGGUGAUGUUCGCCCGGCGGCUGCGGGCCCUGGGGAAGCCAGUCACCCUCCGGGUGGUGCACGACCUGCCCCACGGCUUCCUCAGCCUGUCGCAGCUCUGUCGCGAGACCCGCCAGGCCUCCACCCUCUGCACGGAGCUGAUCCGCAAGAUCCUGUGCCCCCAGGAAGAGGCGGCGCCGCUGCAGCCAUGCGCCGCCGCCUCCCUCCGCAAGCAUCGCAAGCUGGAGAGGACCUGCCACGCCGGGGCCGCCCAAGAUAACAGCACCCAAAGCAGACUGGAGGGGCAAGGCGGGCCCCUCGGAGGAAGCACAGGCCCCGCGGCCAAAGCCACUCCCGGCGCCCAGGGCCCCCCGGCCGGGGGCGGCUCCGCAGCGGGCCAGUCGAGCGGGCCCGCCCCCCCCUCCGAUCCUGAACUCGCCACCGGCCAAGAUACCAGCUCUUCGGGAGGCGCGGCACAUCUGGAAUUCUGGCGCGGCGUGGUGGACGCUGCAACAAAACGGCUGCCGCGGGAGGCACAGGUUAGCUUCAGUGAUGCGGUGCAGAUCCUCGCGUUGUGGCACAGGGCAGGCGGGGAGGGCAAAGAAUACCCCUCCAAGCUGGCUGCAAAAGGGCCAUUGACAGGGGAGAGCCUGGAAAGAAGGCAAAUGGCGCCGGGCUGUGUGGAGACUCCAGACACGGGGUGGCUGCCUUCCCAGGAGCCAGGGAAGUUCGGGUGUGGGACCAGAGGUCCAGAGGGGGCCGACGUCACCUGA